AUGUAUGAUCCCAAGAAAAGAAUUAGCGCUGCUGACGCUCUAGCGCACCCAUUCUUUACGGAACGUCCUCUGCCAUGCGAUCCAGUACUGAUCCCAUCGCUACCACCGAGUUACAGCAAGAAACGGAAAAGAGACGAGUCAUCGCAGAUAUAG